CCAUAAUUACUCAACUGUCCGUCUAUGCAUGUGAAAUCACAAUAAUAGAAUUCGCGAUCAUCGGAACGCGUUCGUGAAUCACUGUAAACUUUUUAACGCUUCCCAUGAUGAUUACGUUACCGGAGUGAACAACUUCUUGUGGAAAUCCGUCCGACAAGUGCGAGAGCCUCGAGCGAUUCAUUCAAAAAUACGGCAGCUUAUGGGUGCUGUGUGGCGAACCUUUCGGUCGGUCCACCUUUAAUAAAAUAAAGUCAAGGUAACAACACAACAAAACGCGCGCGACAAUAAUAGGUACCUGUCCAUUGAGUUUUGAACAGAGCGUCGCCGUAGUCAUCAGGUAUCACCGCGCUUCUUCGUCAGCAGGUAUCUCCUCGGGCCGUUUUAACGAAUCGUUGUAAUCACAGUGCGAUUACUGAUAUCGUGAUAAUAAUAACAAUAAUAAUAUUAACGCAAAAGUGGCACACGGCGUCGUGAUACAGUUUAACCAAGGUGUUUGAGAAUGCACGACGAGGUUUCGUAGCAGAAAUCCCAAGCCGAAAGUAAAAACUUUUUUGGUGUCACCACCCAUCAUGUGCAAGUCGUGUCAAUACUGUUUGGAAAGCUGCUAUUGGAACUUAAUCGAGAAACACUUUUGCUUCGACGAAGAGAUCGCCUUAUACACAGAAGAAUCGUCUGGUAAAGAUGAGAAAAACAAUAAUCUAUAUGACAACUUGGCUUUUUACGACAAGGUUGCUAUAAUAGCAGGUCGAUCGAUCGUUACUAUCGAUCCGUUGCCCUCGAAAACAGAUCCCCCUACCCCCGUAAUCAGCCAACCUCCUCGAAGAAUACGAUGGUGGGAAGAUGAUGUAGAUGAACAGAACAGAAAAAACGAAGAAAAAAUCGUACGUCAUGCGCAAAGCAAUGAGGAAUUAUCAUCGCAAAACAAAAACCAAGAAUCAGAAAAUAUACCGCAACUAAAAAUUGAACCUGACAGGGAAAAAUCGAAAAGCAGCAUCGACAUAUCCACUACUGACGACAAAUCCAAAAAAGAAAAUGAAUUACCUAUCAUUUCGCGAUUAAAACCAGCUGAAGAGAACCUAGCAUCAAGUAGUAACAAUAGCAGUAGAAGUUCUCUAGACGAGAAACCAAAGAUACGAAAAAAAUCGCUUAGAGAAAGACGUAUGUCAAGAAGUUUGACUUUAGACAUAGAAAGGGCGCUCGAGCUUCCCAUAAUCAAACAGCAAUCAAUGCCCAAAUUUUACGUAGAUUCACCAGAUGCAAGUAGACUCGAUAUUUCUGGUUCUCCUAGCUCAGUUUUAGUGAGCCCGAGAAUCAGAAAAGAAAGCAAGGCGUACGAGUAUGAUCUACGUUCUGUUGUACAAAUUGAAAAUGAGAAGAAAAAGAAAAUCCAACAGCAUGCACCCAUCCACAAACAGAUGAGUCAAUCAAAACUGCAGAGUAUUAAGGAUAAACUUAUUAGACCGCAGGAUAAACUAAAGCACCAAUUCUCGACAGGAAGCCUGCCAAAUGUAGUUAAUUACAUUUAAUUUCUAUUAAUAAUUAGUAUAUUUGAACCUGUGAACCAACAUUCGUCCUUAAAAUGUGAUAUUUUCAAUGGCCAUACCUUUAAUUUCUUGCCAAAAGAAAAUUAAUAUAAGUUGACUUACCGUUAAUUUAAACUUAACAAACAGCAAAACUAUAUGAAUACGUAAACUAUAAUGUUAAAAAAUUAUUUUUAAACACAUUCCAUAUUAUGUACGUACUAUUAAUUUAUUACCUUGUCUAUAACUUUAAAAGUAAUCUUCUGUUUGUAAAAUAGGAGAUAUAUAAUAUAAUU